AUGUCUAUUCCUGUCUUAACUGAAGAAAACGGUUGCUCUGAUGAAACCAUGACGGAAGGUAAUGAAGGCUAUGAUGGACACCAUUAUCCCAUAAGGAAAACGCACAAACAAACAAUAGGAUGUUAUCGGAAAAAAUUGUGUAAAAUAAUAAUUAAUCUUUUGUUUUUCAGGAGGAGCCUGCAAGAAGAUUUUGAAAUUCCAUGCAAAGUGACUAACCAAAUCGAUAGAUGCUGGAAGUGCCAGCCCGAUUAUGCUCAAAACAGAAAAAGGCUUGCGGAUUGCGUAAUUGGCUUUGCAAAGGGCACCACAGGCGGAAAACAUGGCGAAUAUUAUAUGGUAACAGACCCUUCGGACAACAAUGUAACUGACCCAAUACCUGGAACACUUCGCCAUGCAGUGAUUCAAAAGGAGCCUUUAUGGAUAAUCUUUAAAGGUAACAUGAGGAUAACAUUGCAACAAGAACUGAUCAUGACAAGUAACAAAACAAUCGACGGUCGAGGAGUGAAAGUGCGCAUUUCAGGUGGCGCGGGAAUAACGAUACAAUUCGUAGAGAAUAUCAUACUCCACAAUAUAUUCAUUCAAAACAUAGUGUCGACUACAGGGGGGAUGGUUAGGGACUCUGUUGAUCAUUUUGGAUUUAGAACUCGUGCUGAUGGAGACGGGAUUUCUAUGUUUGGGGCGAGGUUCAUUUGGCUUGAUCAUCUCUCCAUGAAGAAAUGCACGGAUGGAAUGAUCGAUGCCAUUGAAGGAUGCACGUCUAUCACCAUCUCGAAUUGCCAAUUAACUGAUCAUAAUAAGACUAUUCUACUUGGAGCUCAUGAUUCGACAGUGAGCGACGAAGGCUUGAAGGUGACGGUUGUGUACAACCAUUUUGGAAAGAAACUGAUUCAGAGAUUGCCAAGAGUACGUUCAGGUUUUGCCCACGUGGUCAAUAACGACUAUACUAUGUGGAAGAUGUAUGCCAUUGGUGGUAGCAACAACCCAACCAUCCUGUCUCAAGGAAACGUUUUCGUUGCUUCUGACAAUCCUUUCGCCAAAGAGGUUGGACACAGGGUUUAUGCAACAGUGGAGGAAUGGAGUAAGUGGACUUGGUGCUCAGACCGGGACAUAUAUAAGAAUGGGGCUAUCUUCACCACUUCGGGUGACUGCAAUCCUGAAAACAUUGCUCGGUUGGCUAGUCUAGACGGGGUUGCUGCUGAGGAUGGGAGUUUCACUAAGAAACUGACUCGUUAUGCAGGGGUUCUUGACCAUUGCAAGUCGGGGAUGGAUUGUUCAAAGAUUAGGCUGAUGAAAUAUCAACUUAAAGGAAAUGUUGAUGCAAAUGCAAUAAGUUGGGUCAACUGAAUUAAAGAAGAAGAAAUUAA